CAUUUCAUAAUAAAGUUUUAAAAGCAGUAUAUUUCAGGACAGUACAUGUGUUUUUAAAUAAUAAAAAUAUGUCUAUUGAGCAAGAUCGAAAAAUAUUUAUUGGUGGUUUAGACAUGGAAACUACGGAAGAAAGUCUUCAAGAGUACUUUUCUCGUUGGGGUAAGUUGGUUGAUGUUGUUGUGAUGCGACAUUCAUUCAGUAGAAAGCCACGAGGCUUUGGAUUUGUUACCUAUGAAAAUAUUGAAUCAGUUGACACUGUAUUAAGUGUUGAAUCACACAUCCUCGAUGGAAAAAAAAUUGACCCAAAACGGGCGGUUGCAAGAGAGAAAGUGUUAGAACAAGAAGAUGAGAAAAGUAAUGAAAGUCCCCGAGUGUUUGUAGGUGGAUUGUUGAACAAUACAACGGAGGAGGAUGUUAGACAAUUUUUCACCAAAUUCUGUAUCGAAAAAGGAUUUGGAGAAGUCCAAAAUGUUGAGGUUAUGAAAAACAGAGAAGAUGGUAAAUGUCGAGGGUUUGGUUUUGUCACAUUUAAUAACGAAGCCAUAUGUAGUGAAGUUUGUUCUGAGAAAUGUUUUGAAAUCAAUGGUAAAUCAGUGGAGGUUCGUCGUGCUGAGUCAAGGAUAAAAAUGCGGGAAAUAAAAGAAAAAGGAAAUGACUUGGAGAGAAGAAGAAUUGCAGACCGCAGAAGUAGGAAUUAUGGCUAUCAAGGUUCACAAGAUAUGAGAAGUAAUGACUUUAGGUCUGGUUUUGAUUCAAUGACAAUGCAGGGAGGUAUGUCAGCUGGUAGCUAUGGAUGGGAUAAUGCCAGAGGUGUGGGUGGUUAUGAUGGAUUCAACAUGAAUGCAAUGGCUUUUGCUGGAAUGAUGAACAUGUUUGCAAGUUAUAUGGGUAUGAAUAUGAGUAAUAUGGGUGGUCCUAUGGCAAUGAAUCAAAUGGGAAACAUGUGUGGUACCAUGGGAAAUAUGGCAAUGAAUCCAGUGAGUGGAAUGAGUGGUAAUAAUCAUGGUACUGGUAAUUUGUCAUCAAAUAACACUGCUGGUGAUUAUCCCAAUGAAAUUGUUAAUACUGGUAACGUACCUGGUGGUGAUAGUGCUGUUGGCGCAAGUCAUGGUGCUCAGAAUUCAUCAAUGUAUAAUCAACAGCAGGCUAGGACUCAGAACCUACAUCAACCUUCAUCAACCUACAACCAGCAACAGCCUGUAAGUGGUACAGGAGAUAUGUCUGCGUAUGGUAAUCUCACAAAUGCAAUGUUUGGUAUGAAUCAAGGAAAUGUACCAGCAGCAUUUUAUAGCUGGUUAUAAUGCUGGUGGGGAUAACAAAAAUCAGCUUGGGGUAUAUAAUUACCAAUCCUCAUCUGGAUAUGGUCCAACAAGGAAUACAUCAACUGGAAGUACAGCUGGUUCCAAUCAUAACUACAAACCAUAUUGAAAAGGAUCUAGGUUUGCUGUAUCGUUGAACCAUGAUUUCAGAGCUGGUAGUAAAUCACACCAUGCAAGAAAAUCUCUGUUGAAAUGGAUGUAUUAAAAAGGUAUGGUAGGUUAUAUUAUAUUUAGUAUAUUACUACACUUGAUUCCGUUCAGAAAUACAUUUAAUCUUGUCUAUUUUAUAUCGUGGAUUCGAGUUUAGGAUGUCAAUUAAGUUUUUUCUCUGCACUCACUGAACAAUGCUAGUGCAUGCAUAUGCAUUAAAUGUCAAGAAACAUCACGUAUCUUUAUCAUAUUGCACACAUUUGAAACAUGAGAAGAUAGAUAGAGCAUUGUACUCACAGGGGCUGUUACAAUAGUCAAUACAUUUCAAUAGUGUUACAACACACUUUUCGGUGGUUAAGGGUUUUUCUCGGACGCUGACGUUAUUUCCCUAGCUCUGGCUCUCUGUUGUGUAGCUCACUUAUACUAUUUGUGCAGACUCUUGACCCUGUCGUCUCAUCAGCCAUUGCUUCGCCAAUGGCAAUGCUUAUGAGCUAAAGCUACGAUGCCACAACAAACAAAAUAACAUCUCUUCGUCUUAAAUACGUGAAUACAUGAUAUUGCUCAUGCGCUAUUAAGAACUCGUGAAGCAAAUAGCCUUCGGUUAAUGUAAACGUGGAAAGAUUUUGGCAGGCAAGACAAACGUUAUCCAUGUAAAUUACAAGUGAAAGUUUUAUGUGCACUUUCCGAUA